AUGCUUCCCAUGCCGAACCAAGAAGCCAGGUUUGGCGUUGCACACGAUGACGAACGAGCGAAUGUGGCUAAUUUUGCAGAUUCACUUGCCCACGAGCAUGUCUGCUAUGACACAACCACAAAUUCCCACAACAUAGAGACUGGGUAUGGGGAUGUCAGCAGCGAAGUAUCGCCAAUCAGAAUAUGUAUUCCAAGCUUGACAAUGUCAAAUGCUUGUCGUGACAUAUGUUGUCAGCGGGAGAGCAAAGAGUUGGCAGUUAUCCCAUACUGUUCACAUGCCACUACUCAACAGGCCUUCUUGGGAGAAUGUGUUAAUGUAGAUCAGUCUUACUGCCUUAGUGAACCGGACGGAAUUAAUCGGUGUCAGGUUCAGAUGGAAAGUCGCAGUUUCGGGAAGAAGGAAGACACAAAUUAUCAAUCAGGUGGAACAGUGAAUGCUACAAGUUCUAAUCUUGACAAGGAUAAAAAAAUUGCGAAAAUUGCUAUGAUUGUCGGAUUUAUAAUAUUCGGCCUUUGUGUACUUCUAGUCGGUGUGACACUUUCUCUUUCAGACCAUAUUGAUGCAAUGGGUAUGUUUGCCAAUACACACACACACACACACACAUAUAUAUAUAUAUAUAUAUAUAUAUAA